GUUCACACCAUGGAAUGCUGCUGCUGAUGCUACGGCUGGAUACAGAAACAGCGUGCCUGCACGCCAACAGGAUGCAGAAUUGACGCAAAGGGAAAUGCGCUAAAAACGCGCACAUUUAUUUGUUUUUGUUUUUUUUUUUUAUAGAAGGCAUGUUUGUUCAGGAGCGUGGAGAUGUGGUCAAGCAGAAAACCCACCGAUGCUCUUCUGUCGCCCACUGGUUCCUCCAUCCCGCUCCCAGCGAGUCGCCCUUGAUAUAGGAGCAAGCCUUCACAUCUAUAGACAUGAACACCGCAGUGUGUUUGCUGCACAAACCCAAAGCGAGGCUGGCGCGCGUGUGCGCCGCGCUGCUGUGGCUGCAUGCGUCCUGGUGGACGGUGUGCGCGGCGGAUGGAGAGGAUCAAUUCAGCGCCGAGGUUUGGUUACAGAGGUACGGCUACCUCCAGUCCACGCAGCCCAACAUGGCCGCCCUGCACUCGGCUAUGAGCAUGCAGUCAGCCAUCGCCUCCAUGCAGCGUGUCUACGGCCUCAACGUCACGGGAUAUUUAGACACCAGCACUAUAAAGUGGAUGAAGAAGCCCAGAUGUGGAGUCCCCGAUCAGGUGAGGAGACAGUCAGGCUCACAGUCACGGACACGCCGCUACGCGCUCACCGGACAGAAGUGGCAGCGCACGCACAUCACAUACAGUAUAAAGAACGUGACCCCUAAGGUGGGCGCGCGGGAGACUCACGAAGCCAUCCGGAGGGCAUUCGAUGUGUGGCAGAGCGUUACGCCGCUGAACUUCGAGGCUGUCCCCUACAGCGCCCUGGAAAGCGGUAAGCGCGAUGUAGACAUCACUAUCAUCUUCGCAUCCGGUUUCCACGGCGACAGCUCUCCGUUUGAUGGAGAGGGAGGCUUUUUGGCUCACGCCUACUUUCCCGGGCCUGGGAUCGGAGGAGACACGCAUUUCGACUCUGAUGAACCCUGGACCCUGGGCAACCCCAACCAUGAUGGUGAGAGAACGGCAGGGAAUGACCUGUUCUUGGUGGCCGUCCAUGAGCUGGGCCACGCUCUGGGUCUGGAGCACUCCAACGACCCCACUGCGAUAAUGGCUCCCUUUUACCAGUACAUGGACACAGAGAGCUUCAAACUGCCACACGACGAUCUGCAAGGCAUCCAGAAAAUCUACGGUCCUCCAGAUAAGAACCCUCAGCCAACUCGGUUACUCACAACAGCACCCCCACCUCGCCUCCACCCUCCAUCUGACCCUCGCAAACACGACCGUCAGAGCCGUCCUCAUCGGCCGCCGCAGAAAUCCAAACCCUCCAACCCUAACUCCAAACCCAACAUCUGCGAUGGAGGCUUCAACACGCUGGCCAUACUGCGCCAGGAGCUCUUCGUCUUCAAGGAUCAGUGGUUCUGGAGGGUACGUGAUAACUCGGUGGUGCCUGGCUACCCUAUGCAGAUCAGCUACUUCUGGAAAGGGCUGCCUCCUAAGAUCGACGCUGUCUACGAGAACAGCGAGGGCAAAUUUGUCUUCUUCAAAGGCCAUCGCUUCUGGGUGUUCAAGGACACCACUCUUCAGCCCACGUACCCUCAGGACAUCUCGCUGUUCGGCAGCGGGAUGCCUUCUCAGAACAUCGAGACGGCAGUGUGGUGGGAGGACGUGGCCAAAACCUAUUUUUUCAAAGGGGACAGGUACUGGAGGUACAACGAGGACAUCCGGAGUAUGGAUCCUGGUUAUCCCAAACCCAUCACCAUUUGGAAGGGCAUCCCAGACUCUCCUCAGGGUGCCUUUGUGGACAAGGCUAAUGGCUUCACGUAUUUCUACAAAGGAAAGGAGUACUGGAAGUUCAACAACCGGAGGCUGCGGGUAGAACCGGGGUACCCCAGGUCUAUCCUGCGAGAUUUCAUGGGCUGUGACGGCCUGCCCUCGGAUCCCGACUGGGACUGGCGGCCGCCGCAGGACGACGAGCCGCCGCAUUACGAGCACGACAACGUGGAUAUCGUGCGUAAACCUGAGGGCACGGGCGGCACCGAGAAGGCUGUGGCCAUCGCCAUACCCUGCGUGCUGGCCCUAUGCCUCAUGGUCCUACUGCACACUGUUUUCCGGGUCAAGCGCAAGGACACCAAGCGCCACAUACUGUACUGCAAGCGCUCCAUGCAGGAAUGGGUUUGAAAAGAUUCUGACUUCCCAAAUUCCAAGACAUGCGGGAUGUACCAUUGUGUCUUACCCAAGGGGUGAUGUUGAACCUCUUUCUCUCGUGGGAGGGAGGAGGAACGGAAUGGACAGCAUGCCCACGUCCUAAUUGUGGUGUGUCUGCUCUUCCCCGGAGCGCCGUGUCGUUAUGUGUGUGUCAUGUCAGGCCUCCAUUGCCGGCUGUCCGCAGCCGAUUUGAGACUCGAUCUGUUACGGACCUCAAAAGGAACUCUGAUAAAAUAAUCGCUACAGGACGGACCUUUUUCGAAUUGAAAAUACGUUAUGUAUAUCCUACUACUUAUAUCAGCUUCACAUAAAGUGUGGACUCUUACGUUGCUCCAGAACCUUUAUGUUUUAAGAACUGAUACUCAAACCAAAACACCCUUGGUUUUCCAAAGACGAUUGUUUUGUUUUGUCCAAUAUUUUUUUAAAAGCAUAGAUCUCAAUUUGAGGAUACAUCUUCAGGUUUUAUGCGUUUUAUCAGUCUAUCAUCUGCUUUUACAAUCUCUGACUCUAUCUGCAAUAUUUGGUUGAAUGCCUUAAGCACAUAUCUACAAUAUUUCUUUCGCAGUGUAACUCAGUGUGUGUGUGUGGGUGUGUGAGUGAGAUAAGAGAUGGCUAAUCUUGUAACAGUCGAGUGCAAAAGUUUGCAUACCCUUUGGCCAAAAUGUAAACGCGAUCCAUUUUAAAUGAAAACAUUCUGGUCCUGAUUUGCAACCGAAGAGGGAAAACAAGCGCACAGCUAUUAGGUACGUUCUGGCAGAUUUGCAAAGAAUAUUUAAAAGGAAAUAAAAUGAAAGCGAAGCCGGACGUUUGAGUAAUCACCCGCCAGAUACAGCGCAGAUGGAAGGUGGUGAGGAAUCGUAACACUGUUAUAUAACCAUUAUAUUUUACAUCUGAACUUACAUGAGCGUAGAUCUGUGUUAUUAUGGGAUAUAUUGUCAUGACAUCAGAGGUACAAACCUCCAGCCAAUAUAUAAUACGAAACAUCAUAAUCUCAAGAAACCUUUCAGACAUAAAUAAAUCGAUGCUUUUAUUUUAUCUUCCUACGGCAGAAACAGGGUUGUUGCAGAUUUAGUACUCGCUCUUCAGGUUGUAUUCGUUUCUCCACACUCCACACUGCUGUACAUCACACAGCAGGUGCUAAAUUGAUCAAUUUACAUAAAAUCUGCACUGUAUUUUUGCACUUUCAGGUUAUUUUAUGAAUAACAGAACAGAAACGACGUCACAUCGUCCUUAGAUCCUGCAGUUUUAUUUACAAGUUCGGUCGAAAAACCUUCAACAAAUGUGAAGGAUUCCAUUUCAAGGAUUUUUGCUGUUCGUUCAUUAUUAAAACUCAAAUAUUGUUUAAUAAGAAAAAAUAUCGAAACAAUAUAAACAAACACAUUGUAUUUCUUUACAUCAGGGAUUUAUUACGGAGUUAAUUUUAUGAUAUUAUAUUUUAGUAUUUUUCGCCUCAUAUUUUGGGAUUGUAGCAAACAUACUUUUUAUUUGUUUGUUUGUUUGUUUUGUUUGUUUUCCGAUCAUUUUUCACUCAGAAUCUAUGGGGGAUUCAAACUUUUGCACUCAGCUGUUUUAAACCGCUCGACUUGGCAUAAUGCUUUAAACAAAACAAAAACAAAAAAAAAUAAUAAUAACUUUUUUUUUGUUUGCCUCUAGGAAAGGUCUUCCAGGUUAAAAAUGUAAACGAAACAGCGGAAAUCCUAGAUGUUGUUUAGCGUUCUGAAUAAUCGAAUAAUCUAAUAUACUUUUCACAUCAUGUAGAAUACAGACUGUCAGAAUAAAAGAAAUGUAACCGCGUAGAAACGUCGGAGCCGUUCAGAUUAGCGUAGCUUGUGGUGCACUAUAUUUUGGGUGAGACGUUGCACUGAAACUGAACUAAUGUUACAGGAAUAUUAACGACAAUAAUUCAGAAACUAAACACUAAUAAGCUCUGACAUAUGACUUUAUUACACAUUUUAUACCGAGGCUGGUUUAGUGAUUUUUAAAAAAUAAUAAUAAUAAUAAUAAUAAUAAUAAUCUGCUUGAUGAAAUCAAGAGUAAAAUUAGUGAGUAAAAAAAAGAAUGAUACUUUUUAAGUGAUAGCGCUUUUAACUAUAAACUAAUGGUAUGACCUGUUUGUCUGUUUUUAUUCAUCCUUUCGUUUGCUGGUUUUAAUGGUAGAUCUCUUCGAAGUCAUUAACGUUCUCCAGGAUUCGUUAAUGAAGCAUUGGGGGUUUGUGUGGCUGCUGUUGAAAAUCUUCAGCGUGCGUCACUGGCACUACUCCAAUCCAAUUAACAGCUUCUCGAGUGGCGAGAUCGCACGCUGACGGAAAACACACCGACUUCACGUUGCUACCGAGACGGCAGCUUUCUGAACUCUGCCUUUGGGGAGACAAGAUGUAUAUAUUUGAACAUGCUGUAUUAUAUCUCAUAUAGUGUCUUGAAUAUGGAUGUGAAGGGCAGAUGAUACAGUAUUAAAUACGGAGAUAUCGA